AUGAGUAACUCAAACCAACAUGAAAGUAAAGAAUCUUCAGAAACAAGUUCACCACCUGAACUCCAAUCUUCCAUACAUGACCCACAACAUGUACCUAGGAGUAUGUCAAAAGAAUUAACACCUUUUCAACGUAUGUUUUCUGAUCCAAAUCUUCCACCUCAACCUCAACAAUCGUUACAGGACCCUAUUCCAAAACUCACACCGUUUCAAAGGAUGUUUUCUAAACAAAUCCCGCCACCUCAACCAACGGUUCAAAGUCGUGUUCCUCAACUAAGGCCGUUUCAUUUUCAGCCCAUUUUUUCACAUCCAGUUCCACGGCCUCGACCGUUAAUUCCACCACUUCAACAACCAAUCUUGUAUUUCCCUCCUCGUCCUUCACAUCCUCCUCCUCCUUCUCCACCGUAUCAACCUCCACGCGUUCGCGCUCGCCUUAACCUACCAAGUGAGAAAAGCGAAACCAUCCCUAUACCUUUUCCAUGGGCAACUAACCGAAGAGCAAGCAUUCACAGUAUACAUUAUCUUCGACAAAACGGAAUAGUUAACAUCACUGGAGAUGUCCAAUGCAAGAGAUGCGAUGCAGCAUUUCAAAUGUCAUUUGAUGUGAGAGAGAAGUUUCCUGAACUCUGGACAUAUAUUCUCGAAAACAGGCAAUUCAUGAAUGAUAGGGCGCCACCAAAUGUUUGGAUGAAUCCAACAUUGCCGGACUGCGUGCAUUGUAAUCAAGAAAACUGCGUGAAACCAAUAAUCGCUAAGAAGAAAAAGAAUAUCAAUUGGCUGUUUCUGUUGCUAGGUCAAUUGCUUGGCUGUUGUAACCUUGCACAGUUGAAAUAUUGCUGCAAACACACAAACAAUCAUCGAACCGGUGCAAAGGAUAGAGUUCUUUAUUUAACGUAUCUCGCACUCUGCAAGCAACUUGAUUCUACCGGACCUUUUAAUGUAUGA